UCCAAUUUCCCUUUGUCUAAGUCAGCAGACGGCUGUCGCACACACACUCACUGAUGACGUAGAGGAUACGGGCGGAUUAAUUAAAAAAACGAAACAACGUGUUGCUGUCUCGGUUUACGUUUGUUUACAAUGUGAAAACUAUCCUGGAGGAGUUAUGCCCCUGACGAGACUCUCUGUCCAGCCAGUCGCUACUAUGAAGGAUAAAAAAACUUGCUCAGGUCCUUUCAUCGUCAAAUGGAGGGAGGCGUCUAAGAAAAUCUUGCAGAAGACUGAGUCUCACAAUGGCGGUCAUGCCAUCGCCGAGAGGUGCGACUCCACGCUGUCCACAGUGUCGGAGAAACUGGACAUCUGCAGGAUCUGUCACUGUGAGAGGGAGGAGAACAACAGACUUAUCUCCCCCUGCCUGUGUUCCGGAAGUCUCAAGUACAUCCACCUCUCGUGUCUGCAGAAGUGGAUCAAAAGCUCCGAUAAAAAAUCCUGCGAACUCUGCAACUUUGAUUACAUCAUGGCCACAAAGACUAAGCCUUUUAAAGAGUGGGAGAAGCUUGAGAUGACCCCCGCUGAGCGGAGAAAGAUCGCGUGCUCCGUGACCUUCCACAUCAUCGCCAUCACGUGCGUCAUCUGGUCCCUCUACGUCCUCAUCGACCGCAGCACGGAGGAGGUGCACUCCGGGUCGCUGGAGUGGCCGUUCUGGACCAAACUCAUCGUGGUGGCCAUCGGCUUCACGGGCGGGCUGGUCUUUAUGUACGUGCAGUGUAAGAUGUACAUCCAGCUGUGCCUGAGGUGGCGUCAGUACAACAAGCUCAUUCACAUUGACAAUGCCCCGGAGGAUCCCGAGCUGAGGGCAGAGGCAGCGGCCAGGAUCAAGGCACGUGCCACAGAGAAACACGGCGUGGUCAACACUGUGGCACUGCAGGAGGUCGAUACGUUUUAGCUCUUGUGGGCCUGGGGUUAACAGGUUUAACCCUUGUGGGCCUGGGGUUAACAGGUUUAAGUCUUGUGGGCCU